AUGAAGAAUAUAGAAGAUGAGCCACAUGGACCAUCGUAUAUGACAUGGAAUAUCUUUAAGGGAGGGGAACCAUACGAAAAUUCCGUGACGGUGACGAUGAAAGGGAAAGAAACAAAGCUAGUGAAGAUAUUGACCAUCUUCACAACCAUUGAUUUAUCACACAACUCUUUCCAAGGAGACAUUCCUGAAGCUUUUGGCCAUCUUCACUCUCUCAUAGGACUCAACCUUUCGCACAACCACCUCAUUGGUUCCAUCCCUUUGACUUUAGGAAACUUGACUAAUCUCGGAUGGCUUGAUCUUUCUUCGAACAUGCUUAGUGGGGGAAUUCCUAGAGCACUAGGAGAUUUGGCAUCCCUUGGGUACCUAAAUCUCUCGAAGAACAAACUCACUGGUCGAAUUCCUCAAGACAAGCAAUUGAGCACAUUUUCAAACGACUCAUUCGAUGGAAAUGCAGGCUUAUGUGGAACUCCAUUGCCAAAAGCAUGCCCCGGCGAUGCUCAACCUUCUCCACCAUCAUCCUCAUCAACUUUGGACCGUGAAGGACAUGAGAGUUGGUUCAAACAGAAAGUAGUGUGGAUAGGUUAUGCAUCUGGAAUUGUCAUUGGGAUUUCCGUAGCAUACAUUGCAAUUGAAGCGGGAAGGCCCAAAUGGCUGUCGCGAGGCAUGAGAAUGUUGGAGAGAAGUGCAGUCCAGUGGAUGGAGAAGCCAAAGCGGAAGGCCAUCAAGUUUCAUGGACAGUGA